AUGACAGACAAAGAGGAUCCCUCCAGGCCAGCGCCCACCAAUAAAGAGACAACCCUAGUGACAACAUCCCAUCCCAUCGAUGAAGAAAUCGCUGCCCGCUCCAAGCAGACACAGAAAUACCCAGUAAAAUGGCACCACUCAACAUUCUACAACGCCCUCAUCCUCGGAAUCUGCAACUUCCUCGCUCCGGGGAUAUGGGGCGCCAUGAACUCCCUCGGCGGCGGUGGUGACGAGAAACCCUACCUGGUCAACGCGGCCAAUGCCCUAACUUUCUGUCUAAUGGUUCUUUCCUGUUUCUUUGGUACAGUAAUUGUGAAAUACAUCGGUAUUAAAUGGACCUUCAUCCUGGGGACCGUGGGCUUUGCACCCUUUGCGGCGGGGUUGUAUACGCAUAACAGGUACGGGAUGGAUUGGCUUGUUCUCCUUGGUGCGGCGCUGUGCGGUUUGUCCGCGGGCAUUUUCUGGAUGGCGGAGGCAGCUAUUGCGCUUGCGUACCCUGAGCCAUAUAACCAGGGUCGUUUUCUGGGGUUCUGGCUCAGUUUCAGGGUGGCGGGGCAAAUUCUUGGAGGAGCUGUGAAUCUGGGUAUCAAUGCGAAGAACAGUCAGGCUGGGAAAGUGUCGUAUACCGUGUUUGAAUUGUUCAUUGCACUGCAGGCUUUGGCGCCGUUUGUCGGAUUAUUACUCUCCCCGCCGAAAAAGGUGCAGAGAACGGAUGGCCUACCCGUUGGACUGAGAAUAUUCGACCAAAGUUGGACCGCGGAGCUGAAAGAAGUCGUCAAGCUAUUCGUCAGUCGCGAUUUCUUACUUAUUGUCCCCCUGAUCUGUCAGGCGGUGUAUAGCGAGGCCGUCAUGUUCACAUACCAGGGCCUGUGGUUCUCCGUUAGAGCUCGCGCAUUGGGUUCGUUCUUGUCUGGUAUCGUCGCCCUCAUCGGCGGGAACCUGCUCGGUGCGUAUCUCGACACUAGGAAAGUCUCGCUCAAGACUCGAGCGAGAACCUCGUUUAUCAUCGUCUUGGGCUUUCAAGGAGCAUGGUGGAUAUGGGGCACUGUCCUGGUCACGCGAUACAAUCGUACGAAUCCAGUGUAUGACUGGACUGAUCCUGGAUUUGGGUCGGGAUUUGCUCUGUUCUUGUUCUGGGUUAUUGGGUUUCAGGUUAACUAUCUUUACUUAUACUUUGUUGUCGGUAACCUGGCCAAAAACGAGCAGGAAGUUAUUCGUAUCGCAGGCCUACUUCGUGGGACAGAGUCUGCUGCCCAAGCUGUUAGCUAUGGCCUGUCCAGCGUCAGCAUCAUGGGCGCCGUCGGCGAUGUUUACCUAAACUUUGGCCUCUGGGCUCUUGCUCUUGUCCCGGCUUGGUUAGUCGUCAAGGAGAUUGGCGUGACCAAGGGAGAUUUGAAGGUUGAGCGUGAGGAAGCGUUGAGGGACGCUGAAUCAAGCUGA